GACCGCAGUCAGGUGACUGUCUGCAGACAGAACAUGGCCGACCUGUCAGAAGACCAAUGAGGGAAAGGCCACGCUUAGCACAUUCGAUCAUUUGUUCGGCGUCCUUUCUCGCUGCGGUUCGAAGCGGUUCUUCGUGUGAGGCGUUCUCGAGAUGAACGGGAUGGCAGAUAGGAUGUCGAACGGUCCGAAUGGGAGUGAGGACGUCGGAAACGAUGCGAAGGUUUGGGAGAGGCCGUGGAGCCUUGAAGAGAUGCGACAGAACAGCGCCAACUGGUCGCUCGGAGCUGACUCGGGGCUCUUAUUGUUCCUUCAAGACUUCUCUCAGAAAAUGUUGUCCAGGACGCACGAGAUCGAGAAGCAGCUGGACAGCUUGAUCCGUGACACCAAGGCCACGGACAGCAGCCUGCACUCGGUCUUUAACGACUUCCUCAUGCUCUCCAACACGCAGUUUAUAGAGAAUAGAGUGUACGAUGAAGAGGAUGAGGAACCCACGCCGAAGACUGACGUUGUGGAUAAGCAGCCUGAUCAGAAAACACGUGAGCAGAAAGAAGCCGAGCUCAUCCCCAAGAUGCAGGAAGCGGUGACUUACGGCUUAAAAGUGCUGGAGUCCGCCUUCGAGCACCUGGACAUCAAAGCGGGAAACUCGGACUCCGAGGAUGAGGAGGCCAACGACAGAGUGGAAGCGAUCCUGGAGCCCAAGGAUCUGUACGUGGACAGACCGCUCCCGUUUUUGAUUGGCUCUCAGGCCUUCAUGGAACAUGAGGAUGUCGGCCUUGGCGACCUGUCUAGCGACGAACUGUCAGUGGACAGCGAGAGAGACAGCGUAAUCGACAGCGACGAUGGCAAAGAUGCAGAUAAUUCAGAUGAGGACUUUAUCCACGGGGAGGAUGAUGUUCACCAUAGUAUGAAGAAGAAGUCAUCUAUGUUGAGCUAUGAAGAGGAUGAAGAUGAUUCUGAUAUAUUUGGGGAAUCGGACAAGGAGGAGGAGGAGGAUGCAAAGAGCGCAGGCCCGUCGUCCUUUGCAGAUGAGUUGGUCGCCAGGAUCAAGGGUGAACUGGUCAGCAAGCCAACAGGAGAUCGAGCCUCGCUAUCAUCAAGGAAGAAAAGUAACAGCAGAAAAGAAUCAAAGCAUGCGGACAUUGAUGCCGAAGACGACAGUGACGACAUGUUCAAACCUCCGAAAAUGGACUAUGACGACGACGAUGACGACGACGACGAUUUCUCGCCGUUUGGGGGGAAAAGUGGCCUCUUCAGCGGAGGGAAAGGCCUCUUUGAUGAUGACGAUGAAGGUGAUCUGUUCUCUGACGCACCAAAGCUUCCUGUGCCCAAACAGGAUAAGUCGCCAAAUGAAAGUUUUAAGAGCGCCGCUCGAGUCGCAGAACCUGACAAAACCGUCAAGAAAAUUCCACCCGAUGCCAUUUCAAAAUUUCCAGACAAUAGCCUCUUUGAUCCAAUUGGUGACGUCAAGGAGAGCCGAGAGAACGGCGCACCGACCGCAAAGGCCCACGUCACCGCGAAACCGGCCCCUGUCCUUGGCGGGCUGUUUGAUGAUGAGGAUGACGCCGAUGAUGACUUCUUCGGGGGUAAAAGCACCAAAAACCCAUCUGCUGCCGCACAGGAAAAAUCCAAACCCAAAAAGGUGCCGGACCUUUUUGCCGAAGAUGAUGAGGACGGGAACAUAUUUAGCGAGAAGGCAUCUCAGAGCAAGAAGGUGGAGGAGACCGUUAAACCGCCUGAGAAGAAGAUGCUUGCAGGUGCCAUCUCCAUGUUUGGUCCCGGCACGCAAAACAUCCUCUCUGAGGGCCUGAAGAAACGUCAGCCCUCCCCCAGUGAGGAGCCUGAGAAAUCAGAGAAGAAUGCAUUAGUUCCAGAGAGUGGAACUGUUGUCACUCAGACCCAGAAACACACGACAAGUAGCCUCUUCUCUGAUGACGAGGACCCACAAAUAUUCCCAACGAUCCCCUGGAGUCAGUCUAACGCUCAUACGACAAGUCAGAGCAGAACCAACAAGCACAAUGUGUCCUUAUUCGAUGAUGAUGAAGAAGAGGAUCUUUUUGGCUCUGCCUCCAAGUCAAAGCCAAAGCCCAGUGCAGCUAAACCACCACAAGAAAGUAAAGUUAUCACCAGCUCGCUCUUCAGCGAUGAUGAGGACCAGUGGAUCAGCCCCAAAGCAACCGUUUCCAAGCAGGAGAACAAGACGGCAGGAAUUAAAUCAAGUACUAGCGCCCCCUCCAGCCUCCCCAGUGUAGCAGCGUUGCAGAAAAGCAGUCUCUUUGACGAAGAUGAAGAUGACCUGUUCGCUCCCGCUAAAGAGUCGAGCCAGAAGAAAACCCAGAAAGGUUCUCUUUUGUUUGACGAUGAGCACGAUGAGGAUGAAGGUUCCUUGUUUGGAGUCAAAACCGAUGACAGCGCAAAUGCAGCCGCGAAACCCAACUCCUCGUUAAAAAACUCACCAGACCCUGCGGACGCGAAGAAAACUGUGAAACAGAAGCCGUCAGUGCCACAUAAACCAACGGUGAAGCCCCCCGAGACUUUGCCGCCGUCCUCUGAGACCACUGAAAGUAGAAAGAAGCCCGUCGGAGCCGUCAACCUCUUUGGGGGCAUCGACGUUCUGGCCCAAAAACGGGCAAAGAGCGCGUUGGAUGAAGAAGACGACGACGACGAUUACGAUGGCCCGCCGCCAAAUGUUAAGACGCAAACCAAAGUCAAAAGGAACACUCUCAGUCUGUUUGAUGACGACGAAGAUGAGGAUGAGCAGGAUCCCAUCUUCGCCCCCAGUAAACCUACACCCAGAAACACUGCAAAGACCGUCGAGGAGCAUCUGCAAGCAAAGAGCUCUGGCGUGUUUCUGGAUGAGGAACUGCUGUUUAGUCCCACCCAGCAGAAGGACAAUGAUCUUGAUGUCGACCUCUUUGCCACCCCGGAGAAGACCACAGACAGUAUUUCCGACGCCAAGCUCGGCUCCGUGAAGCCCGCGAUCCAGAGUCUCUUCUCAGAAGUCGAGGAGGAUGGCCUGUUCGGCUCCAGCAAGCCUCCAAAAGUAGCAGAUGAACCCAGCACAUCUAAAGACAGCACGCCGCUAGUCAGUCCCGAACCAGUCUUCGAUAUACAGAAAUCUGCACCAAGUCCUGUAAAACCAAAAGAACCGUCAUCAAGGAUUGGCAAACUUCAAGCGAGUCUAAAGAUCAACCCCGCCGCAUUUCUCCCUGGCUCGGCCCCCACCAUGCCGGGGUCCAUCAGUGUGCUCCCGGUUAUGGAUCCCAGUUCUUCAUCCGGGGUCUCCAGCUCCAGCAUGAGCCCAAGUCCCGCUACGACGCCAAUUGGAGCCCGAACGGACAGCGAGGCGGGAGUGAGCUUUGACACGCCACUCCAGGUUUCCACGUUGCAAAAUGCAAACAAGGGUCGCGUCAGAGGUUCUGUACGUCGAAGGCCACAGUCCAGAGCGGCAAGGCAAGCGUCUCAAAGAUCGCCGGAGGAACAAGAGGACUCCGCAGCCGAGGAGGCCUCUGUCGCCCCCUCCAGUUCACCUUCAGCUGUCUUUCCCGCACCAAGCCACUCGAGCCAGCCUCGUCCCGUAGAUAACGCCGCUCCAAUUACGUCCUCACCUUUAACUGCUCAACCUCCACCAGCUCAUCUCUCAACCAAGCCUUCGACGCCGACGCUGCCUGUACCCAACCAUACCGAGAAGCAAUACUCCAGGAAGGACGCCGAGGAGGCGCGACCUCCCUUCGAGGAGGUUGACAUUUUUGCUUCCGACGGCCUUUUCGGAUCUAUCACGGACACGCUUCCCGCCAAGAAGGCCGAACGUCAGGCCGGGGCGGGAGGGAAGAAGGACCUAAGCGACCUCCCGUCUAUUUUCGAUGACGACAGCGACGACCUCUUCCGAACGGCGAAACCAAAGACGGCCAAGGUAUCGCCCUUUUUGGAGGACGAUGACGACGACGACGACAUUUUUGGCCUGAAGUCAACGUCCGUGUCCACAAGCAGCAGAGGUGGCAAGAGCGGCAAAAUUUUCCCAAAGCAGGAUAUUUUCAAGGACGAUGUCGUCUUGUCUGGAGCCCACAAAAAGGACAAGGACAAGUUCACGGACGUCAGACUGUUUGACGACAACGUCGAUAUUUUUGCUGACCUGACAGACUCUUUCACACCAAAACAGAAGAUCAAGGCCAAGGUGGCCAGCAAAUCCAUAUUUGAUGACGACAUGGAUGACAUUUUUGCAACAAGCACAGUCAAAAUGGUGACAAAGGCGACUCCGAAAGCAAAGACUUCGCCUCCCCCUCAGGAGACCAACACAGCAGCGGACUCUAGUACCAUAUUUGACGACCCGCUUAAUGCUCGGUAGGAAUUGACGUGAAUUUGUACAAUUGUGGAUUAACUCCUUUAGUAUUGUUUGGUCGCUGAUCCUGCAAGAUGGGACACUUUUGGAGUGAUUAUUGAUAUUCUUAUCAAUAUGAUGUCUUGAUUUUGAGCAUUUUCAAAUUCAUUUGGUUUUUCGCAUUGCAUCAUUUACUAUGUACUGUUAAUAAUACUUACAUACAUGAUAGCACUUUAUGAGCAUACUCUUGUGCUUAGCCUCAGCGCCUAGAGAAAUUAACAGUACAGUAUUUUUUUUUUUUUUUUUUUUGGCUGUGCCACGUUGAGAUUUCCUGUUUAUUUUUCGACGUCAUGUUUUUAAGAGUGCCCCCUGCCUCAUUGUCUGCAGAUUUUUUUUUUCAACAAGAAAUCCAUCCAUUUAACUGUUGCUGUUAUAAAAAGAAAUUUCAUUUUUAUGGACUAAAAUGAAAUAUUUUAUACGAUCUAAAUGUUGUUGUUUUUUGGGGGGAGGCGGAGGAGUUCUGUUUUGACCAGGAAAUCUUUAUUGAAUGAGUAUUAUAAGAAUGCUGUCAAAAUGAAAAGAGCUACUUUCCAAAAUGCAAUAAAUACAUUAUUAUUCUGAGAAAACAAAAGACCUGGAAAUUGUGCAAAUGGUAAUUUGACAAUACUUAAUAAAUGCUUUGGUCUGAACAUGUUCAACAAAGGUUAUGAGG